AUGAUUUUAUUAAAAGGCAUGAACCCAAAAGUUGUAGAUGUCAAAAAUGAUAGGAAAAAACUUGACAUUAUUUGUAUUGUAGAUAAAAGUCCAAGUAUGAAUGAGCAGGGGAAAUUUGUUUCAGUCAAAAAAACAUUAGAUUUUUUGCUUACUCUUUUGAAUGACUCUGAUAGGCUUAGCAUUGUUGCUUUUGAAUCCAAAGCGGACAUAGUGAUUGAUUUAACUGAAACCAAUGAAAAAGGAAAAAUUAGUAUAGCAAAUAAGAUAAAACAAAUGGCUACUAGUGGCAGUGGGACAAAUAUUUCUUCUGGGCUUGAAAAAAGUUUAUCAAUUGUAAGCGCACGUGAAAUGUUUAACAGAGCUACAACCAUUUUAUUGCUGAGUGAUGGUCAAGAUAAUUCUCUAAACCCAGAGAAAGUAAUACAAUUUUCUUAUAAUGUUAAAUCAAUGAUAAAAGGGCCAUACUUCAUUCAUACAUUUGGCUAUGGUGCAGAUCAUGACUCAAAAAUGAUGAAAGAAAUUUCUCGUCUCAACAAUGGCAAUUUCUAUUAUAUAGAAAAUCCUAAAGAUAUAGCAGAAGCAUUUGCAACUUGCUUAGGUGAUUUGGCUACAUCAACUUCUGACAAUCUUGAAGUUGAAUUAAUUCCUCAACCCUGCAGCAUACCUUUUAGCAUUUCUAAGGUAUAUUCAGAAAAUGGAGAAAGUCACUAUACAGUACCCCUUCUUUUAGGUGAUGACAACAAAGACUUGGUUUUUGUGCUAAAUUUCCCACCAUAUACUGGGGAAAGGAAAAGUAAUGAAAUUAUAACCCCCGUCAAGGUAAGUAUAAAUAAAUCAGGUGAAAAUAAAACUACUGAAAUAGAUUUAAACAUUUUAGUAGCAAGCGAAGGCAAUGGAAAUAAAAAGAAUGAAGCUAAUGGAGAUGUUUUGGCGAAUUAUUAUAGAUGCAAAGGUGCAGAAAUCCUUCGCGAUGUUAUAAGCCUUGCUGAUAAGGGUUAUUAUAAACAAGCCAGCAGCGUUGCACUCGAAGCGGCAGAAGAGUUUAGGGCUUUGUGAAUAAAAGAUCAUGUAAUUGUUCAAGCUUUGAUACACGAUCUUGAAGAUGCUUCAAAAAGAGCUUCUUCGAAGAAUAAUUGGGAUAAAGGUGGAAGAGCUCAAGUUGUUUCAGUUCAGGCUAGCCAUUUUUAUCAGAAAGCUUCAAAUAAUGUGCAGAUUUAUAAAAAUAGCUAUCAAGAUGCUUAUUCUGAUAAAGCUGCUGACUAUUUCGGAUCUUAA